GUUACAGUUAACGCUACGCCGCCGCCGAGUACACAUACAUAUACGCGUACAAAUGCUCCGCGUCUCAAGGUGCAAUUUAUUCCGACACGUGUCCUGUUUGUUUAUAAUUCCGUUCCGCCGCUGCGGAAGACUGUGGUCUAAUGACGCGAUUAGUAAAACGAGCAGGUACGACGACGGGGGAAGAACAUGAAAGUUCCGUAUUUAAGUUGGUCACGCGACUACGGCACGCCGAGUCGAGAUCGUCUAAUCGUGAUCCUCGACGACGCUGUGUGACACGAUUCGUCCGUUUGUCGUUAAUCGAUUUUACGAUCGCAGAUACAGACGAGCAAGAAGAUAAAUCGUGUCUGGGAAACGAGCGCGUCGAAGAAUUUUCCCUCGUCCGUGAUUUCUGCCAUUGUUGGAGUGGCUAGCGUACUGGCCGAGCGUAAAGAUCAGCGGUGUUGUUGUCAUGAAUUAAGGCCGGUCCGGAAAAUGGACAUCGCCAAGGGCACAACGGAGGAUUUCGUGACGGUGGUCAGCGUCGGUAGUCAACCGCCGGAUAACUUCGUGACCGUUCUGUCGAUUGGAAACGGAAAGAAGAACGAUGAGGAAUCCGGCGUGAGCAAAAGCCCGGCGAACGGAAUGGACGGGUAUAUCGAGGAGGAAGUCGAGGUCUUUAGACUGCCCGGCGAGCGUCUUGGCUUCGGGCUGAAAUUCGAGGGCGGCAAUAAGACGUGCGAGAGAGUGAGAAGGUUAUUCGUGCAGAGCUGCGCGGAGCAGAGUCCUGCCAGCAGAGCGAAAUGUUCGUGGGGCAGUCUGGGCGAGGGAGACGAGGUACUUUCGAUCGACGGUGUACCGGUGACACACAUGACCCGGCUGGAUUGCGUGAGGCGGCUGAAGGAGUCGCAGCUGGUGAUCAGGCUGCUGGUGAGAUGCCGCGGCGCUCUCAGACCGGAAGUGGUGAGCGCCGAGAGAAAGAUCGAGAAAAGCAAGAUACCGCCGGAAUUGCCGUCCGCGCCGCCGCCCGUGCCGCCGAGGAAGCUGCGACAGCCGCGGGGACCCGCGGACGGCGAGGCUAAUCCCAGCCCCGUCAAGAAACCGAUCAGUCCGAAAUCGCAUAACGGGUCGCAGAACGGUUCGCGAAACAGCUCGCAACAAAGCUCCCCGGCCUCGGGAUCGCAGAGUCUGACCAGAGUGAGCUCGUACGAGACCUGCGAAUCCUCGCCGCCGAGAACCGUCAAUGGAUCGAGUCAGGCGAGUCCGAAAGAGUCGCCGAAGGACCGUUCGCCGGAGUUCACGAAAUCGAAACAGGAACCGCCGGAAGCGAUGGUUUAUCUGGACGCGCGAUCGCAAUGCGGCUCCACGCAUGGCAGCACGUCGGACGACACCGGCAGUUCCAUGUCCACCGUGGUGGACAGAUUCUCGACGUCCGAUCGUGUGUCGACCAUCUCGACGGCUUCGACCGCGUCGACCGGCGGCUCCGAGCAGCUGACGCCGAGCGAAAUCUCGGGCAUCGAUCGGGAUUCCGAUCGACUGUCCGAUCGGGACGUGCUGCUGUCGCGAGCGAUCUGCCCGCUCGAGCAUCUCGAGCGGGACUUCUCAAACCCGCCUGACUACCUGCUCCGCCGUCUCGCCAGUUCCGAGGCGGUGACGCAUGUAGAGUCGCGGGGUGAAGUCGAACGGAUCACGGCGGUGGUCGCGCCGAACACUGUGCUGAUCGAAGAGACGAUCACCCUCCAACCGCCUCUCAGCUUUCAGGACGCCCCGCUGAGCUACGGACACGAGACCAGGCCGGAUCUCUUCUAUACCGCGGACUUGGCCGCCGACUCGACCACGCAUUUCAGACCAAUUAAGGACGACGCGGAGCUCAUCAUCGUCGCCGUCACCGCCGCCGUUGCCGGCUAG